AUGCACGAUCCCUUUUUGCACUUGAUUGGACCGUCUCGUGCAAUUGUAUUUACGGACAUGGUUGACUUUGAAAUCCAACUAAAAGUAAAAGGUACAACAAAGUCUGAAGAUAAAGCAUUGAUCAGUUAUGUGUGCAAUUAUAAUGGAGGAUGUAGUCCUGGUGUAUCUACCUUAUGCAUUGAGAAAUUCUUCUGCACACUGGAGUUAUGCUUGCAGCGAAUUAGACGAACGGUCCAGGCUACUAUCUUGGGUGUUCAGGUAGUCAAAUAUGGCUCAUGGCCUUUUGAAUAUGGCGGCCGAGUUACUUGCUCCCCACCAUCAGAAGGGGAAAUGGUGUGCACUGAUAGUGGAGUCACUCCUAUUAUUAAUUUAGCAUCUAGCCAAAUUGUCCUGCUUGAGUCAAAAGGUAAAGCACUGCCGAAAGGUUUUCAUGGUUACAUAGUUCUGUCGAGGCAAGUUGUUUCUGUAGAAGCUGAAGGAGUGUUGGACCUUGCCCUGGAAGCCUACUCCAGAUCUGGUGAUACCACUACUGCACAAGGUCAUGUCCGUUUCUUGCCCAAAUUUUGCGGUAUAAGCCAGGAUAAAUGUUUUCUUGAUGAUGUCGAGGUAGUGAUUACUGUUGCUUGGUCCCUUGUUGCUACGAGCAAGCGGGAGGUGGUGUUAGAACGAGGUUUGUCUGAAUAUUGACCUAAGAGAUUUGGGCGAGGAACACCAACCAAUCCCAUGAUCUGAUUCGUAUGGGGGUUAUUGGAGUAUGUUAUGUAAUCUGUCAACAAUUUGUGCACCCACUGUAAAUGUGAUCUGAUUUGUAUGUGGGUUAUUGGAGUAUGUUAUGUAAUCUG